AUCACGUGAUCAGUGACGUCAUGCCAAUACACACAAAUGGCAGGACACAGCUGGGCGAUAAUGCCCAGUGUUUUAAUUGUGGAAAUACUUUCGUAUCUUUCGUUGAAAGACAGGUUAAAUGCUUCUGUUGUCUGUAAAAGAUGGAGAUCUUAUUUGUUCCAAGCUAAACUGUGGCCAAAACUUUCGGUUUGCCUGCGUAGAAACCGUAGACAAAAGAACAAAUUUUUGGCAAACGUUUGUGGAAGGUUUGUUCGUGAAUGCGCAAUAAACUUCGACCCUCUCGAUGGCGAGGAAUUGAAAGAUUGUUAUAGAACACUUCAAAUACUUUGUGAUAAUAAAAACCUUCAAGUACUUCAGUUGCAGCCACUGAGUUGUCAUACGGAAUGGACAGAAACCGUGACCUGUAGCAGAUUUGUGCAAAAGCUAGAAUGCAUAAUAAGAACCAGUAGAAAAUUGAAACAUGUGUCAUUAGGCUGCUCAGAGGAGAUGCUAGCACAUUCAGACUUUUUCUUGGAAAGGUUAUCAAGUCUUCACAGUAAUUCCCUGGAAGCUCUUCACUUGGCGAGUGUCAAGGAAGAUUCUGAUAAUUACGGCAUUGUUGACCUAGACAUCUACAAAUUUCGCAAUUUCACAAAUCUUAGACAUAUGAGCAUAGACUAUGACUUUCUGGAUAAUCAGUUACUUCACAUAUUCUGUGAGUUAAGUAGAGCACCUCUUGAAUCAUUGAACAUCCAUGUGCACGGUGUUGGUCCUGAACAUGAAAGUGUCACAAAUGCAUCGUGGAGACAAUUUUCCAGUCACAAUAAAAAUAUUGAAGUUACAAUCAACUUGAUGCAUUCCUACACUGGUGUGGCAAAGUUGCUGGAUAUUUUAAAGCAGAAUCUUCCUCUGACACACUUUAGACAGUUCUUUUGCUCAAAUAUAAAUGUUCCUGCAUUGGGAUUGAUGGCCAACUGUUACUGGAACACUCUCAAAUCUAUACACAUAAUUGAUGGGUUUGAUCAUGGUGUGCCAGCAGUGUACCAAGUGACGACAGAUGAAGAUCCCUUUGUCAUGAUGGCAUGGAAAUGUUCAAAUCUCUCCCAUUUUACACUCAUUGGGUACGAGAUGUCCGAGCAUGACAUGGUGGCCAUAGCACGUUUGAGAGGAGAACAUCUCAAAGAGUUUCACAUUCCAGCAUCCUGCAUACGUUGGUUAGAUGAAGACAAUGUAGAAGUUGUUGGAAAUGUGGAGCCGGAAUUCACAGAAAUGAUCUCAUCAAGUUUAGGGAGGACAUGGAAGCCUGUGGAAGAUGAUCAAUUACCUGACGCUGUAUUUGACGACUGGGCUGAUGCAGAACUUGCCUAUAAUCAUAUCUUACUGAAGGACCAACAGUUCAGAAAACAUACAAAGUGUUCGUCUGGAGCAAUUACAUCUAAAUAGGCACAUACAUGUGAUAAUAAAAACAUAUUGUUAAAUCUGUUGUGAUAAAAACAUUAGUGCUGAUUAGUGCUGGAGUUGAAAUUCAUCAUGAAAAACAUUUCUCCACACGAAGAUAAUUAUUCUAGUCGAACUUGGCGAAGACUUGGUCAAACAAUAGAAUACUACAGCGUGCUUUCAUCAUCUGAUUAUUGUAGACUAACAACUCGAAGUUUACCAUUCUAAUAAUGCUUUAGUAAAAUUGUUAAAGUUCUUAUUUUGUAAUAACAUUUUGAAAUUUUAAUAAGGAUAUUGCCAUAUUUGUUGGUGAAGAGAAUAUCGAGAGAUACGUUUGUAUAGUUUGUUGGUGAUAAUGUUGAAAUGAAAGGAAUUUGUAUAUCUUGUAUGAAAACAGAAUGAGUGGAUAAAUGUAUGUAAUGCAGUGAAUGUUUUUAUGUCUGUAUAGUUUGCAUGGUUUGUGAGUAUAGAAUAUGAUAACCUAUGUAUGUAGGAGAGAGAGUAAUAAUGUCACUCUGUAUUCUUUUGGGAGAGAGUGAAUUUAUUUAUGUCUGCACAGUUUUUGGGAGGAAAUGUUUUUAUGGCUUUUUGUCUUUAUAGCUUCUGAGAGUAGAGAAUGUAAGUAUUUUUGUCUUUACAGCUUUUGGGAGUAAGGAAUGCAAGUAUUUUUGUCUUUAUAGCUUCUGGGAGAAGGGAAUGCAAGUAUUUUUGUCUAUACAGCUUUUGGGAGUAAGGAAUGCAAGUAUUUUUGUCUUUAUAGCUUUUGGGAGUAGGGAAUGCAAGUAUUUUUGUCUAUACAGCUUUUGGGAGUAAGGAAUGCAGGUAUUUUUGUCUUUAUAGCUUUUGGGAGUAAGGAAUGCAAGUAUUUUUGUCUUUAUAGCUUUUGGGAGUAAGGAAUGCAAGUAUUUUUGUCUUUAUAGCUUUUGGGAGUAAGGAAUGCAAGUAUUUUUGUCUUUAUAGCUUUUGGGAGUAGGAAAUGCAAGUAUUUUUGGCCAUACAGCUUUUGGGAGUAAGGAAUCCAGGUAUUUUAGCUUUAUAGCUUUUGGAAGUAAGGAAUACAAGUAUUUUUGUCUUUAUAGCAUUUGGGAGUAAGGAAUGCAACUAUUUUUGUGUCUUUAUAGCUUUUGGGAGUAAGGAAUGCAAGUAUUUUUGUCUUUAUAGCUUUUGGGAGUAAGGAAUGCAACUAUUUUUGUGUCUUUAUAGCUUUUGGGAGUAAGGAAUGCAAGUAUUUUUGUCUUUAUAGCUUUUGGGUGUAAGGAAUGCAACUAUUUUUGUGUCUUUAUAGAUUUUGGGAGUAAAGAAUGCAAGUAUUUUUGUCUUUAUAGCUUCUGGCAAUAAGGAAGGAGAGUAUUUUUUGUCUAUAGCUUCUCGAAGUAAGGAAUGCAAGUAUUUUUGCUUUUUUAGCUUCUGGGGAAAGAGAAUGGGAGUUUUUUAAAAAUCUUUGUAGCUUCUAGGAGUAAAGAUUGAGAGUAGUUUUGUCUUUGUAUCAAAGGGAAUGUGAGUAUUCAUGCUUGUAUAUUAUAUUGGAGUAAGGAAUAAGUCUGUUUAAAUGUCUUUAUAGCUGGAGAAUAUGAUAUGUUAUGGGAGUAGGGAAUGUUAGUUUUUAUGCCUGUAGAGCCUAUUUAAGAGUAUAUAUGUCUGUAUAUUUUCUGUAAGUAUUUUGUCUUGUAUUUUAUGUGAGUAGGGAUUAAGAGUAUUUCGAAAACUUGUGCAAAUUAAACUGGGAGUAAGGAAUGCGAGUGUUUUUGUCUCUACUUUAUGAAAGUCAUGAUCAUUAUAGAUUGAGAGUUAUUUUAUCAUAAGUAUUUUCUAUGUUCAGGAAUGAAAGGAAUUCUUAUAUGAAUGUUAAAUUAUAUUUAUGGUUGUUUACAAUAAGGGAUACACAGAUAUAUGUGUUUUAACUGUUUAUAGAAUGUUUGUAUCUGUAAUGGGAGACUAAAAUGUCUAGCAUAUAAUCCAUGUUUUUAUGACUUGAUAUAUAACUAUUAUUAUAAUUUGACAAGUUCCACAUACUACUGCCUCAAUUAUUUAUAUAUUUUGUGUAACAUAAAAACAUACAAUUUUCUAUAAGUGACAUAUCAUUUAAUAUAUGAUAUGUAUAAUUAUGUUCCGAGGUUUUAAUGUCAACUGAAUGUAAACAAUUUUGAAUGGUCAUCUCACAAGUUGGAAAUGUAUGUACCUUACAAUUUGGGUAUUUAUUUGUGCUCUAUAUCUGUAUCUGUAAUUACAUUUCAUUUUUAAAGGGUAUAAAGCUAUAUACAUGUAUAAUUAAAUACUUAAAAAAAUUAUGAACAGUAAAUUAUGUUGUUUCAAAAAUUUUAUGUUCCAUUCACAAAAGAGUUGUAAUAUUAAAUUGAUCUAUUAUUUAUCACACAUAAAAAUGGUAUGUAAACGGAAUAUGUUCCAGAACAAAAUAUUAAGCUGCUGUUUAAAGUAAGAUUGUAAUGGUUUGACAAUGAAUUUGUUCAGGAACGGAUUUGAGAGUGUUUCAAUAAGCUUAUAGCUUCCAACAUUAUCUGUCUAAAAUUAAUUGAUAUAAACUAAUCUGUGCAUGCACAGUUCGCAUACAGGCGUUUCGGAAUUAUUCUUUUUUCAAAAUUCGAACAAUAUUUUUUUGUUAACUACAGGCAGUAGAUAUAUAGCUUUAUACACUGUAAGGCCACGACACGCAAGUGUCAUCUUUAGCUACUAGAUAAAUCAUUAUGUAACGUGUAUGAUGAAACUAUCUUUCUCGGUUGUUGUCAUCGGCCACGAGCACUGUGUAAUGCUGUGAUACGAGUUUCUAUUUUUGUCCCAUCUAUUUAUAUUAUUAAAGUUGUCGAGGCAUUAAUUACAUUGUGACAUGAAACACGAGUUAUUUGUUUAAAAUCAUCGCCUCAGUAUAUUAUAAGUUAUAUAGAUUUCUUUUGAAAGUAUAUAUGGCUAAAAGGUUAUAUGGCACAGUAUAAACAGUUAUAAGUUAUAAUUAUAACCUGAGGGUGCUAGUCAAGGAUUAUAUUACAAGUCACCAUUCAUACAAGGUCAUAUAACUGCUUACUUACUAAAAAUUUAUAAUAAAAAUUAAUUGACAAAUUUGCAGCAGGCCUGUAUAUGUAUAUAAGAAAUAUAAACUUCAUGAUUGUCUUAUGAUAAUCAUUUUAAAAAACACGCAAUAUUAUUAUUCACUGUCAAGAUUCCUUACCUAGUUUUCUAUUUUAACAAAUAAUAUAUCACACAAGUUUCAACUGAAGCAAUUUAGAUCUAAAUUUGAUUUAUUUAACGUCAAUGAAUAUUUUUAUAUAAGUCGAUAAUAUGUGCGAUUCUUAGCCCAAUUU